AUGGCUGGCUGGGGGGGCUUCUUCUUUUCUCUUCUCAACUACAAAACGGAGAAAUAUGUCAUUGCAGAAAACAGAAGAAUCGGAAUAUUAUUUCGGCUCUAUCAGCUGGCAGUGCUGGGAUACAUUAUUGGGUGGGUGUUUGUGGUGAAGAAGGGGUACCAGGAGAAAGAAGAGGCCAUCCAGAGCUCAGUCAUCACCAAGCUUAAAGGCGUCACUCUGACCAACACUUCUGAGACGGGGCCUUACCUGUGGAGUGCCGAGGACUAUGUCAUACCCCCAAAUGGCGAGCAGGUGUUCUUUGUAGUAACAAAUUACAUAGAGACCCCCAAUCAGAGGCUGGGAUUCUGUGCUGAGAGUUCCAAGGUGCCAGAUGGACGAUGUGAAACUGAUGAUGACUGCAUAGAGGGGGAGCCUGUAACAGCAGGUCAUGGAAUCAAGACUGGCUUGUGUUUAAACAGCACCGGGACCUGCGAGAUUCAUGCCUGGUGUCCUGUUGAAUACAACAAGAGACCCGCAGAGCCCUUACUGAGUGACGCAGAAAACUUCACCAUCUACAUCAAGAAUUUCAUCAGGUUCCCCAAGUUUGAGUUCUCCAAAGCCAAUGUCCUUGAAACUUCUGAUGACAGCUACCUGAAGAGAUGUUUCUAUGACAAAGAGAACCAUCCUUACUGCCCCAUCUUUUGCCUCAGAGAUCUCGUCAGCAGCGCUGGACAUGACUUCCAGGAAAUGGCUGUUAAGGGUGGUUCUGUUGGCAUUCUCAUUGAGUGGAACUGUGACCUGGAUAAAGACUAUUCUCUGUGUAAUCCACAGUACAGCUUCACCCGUUUGGACAUUAAUUUGAACAACUCAAUUACAUCAGGAUACAACUUCAGAUAUGCCAGAUACUAUAAGGAUCAAAAUGGUGAAACCUAUCGCACGUUGUAUAAAGUGUAUGGGAUUCGCUUUGAUAUAAUGAUCAAUGGUCAGGCGGGGAAAUUCAAUAUUGUCCCCACAGUAAUUGCCAUUGGCUCAGGCAUUGCUCUCCUCGGUGCAGGAGCCUUUGCCUGUGAUAUGAUAUUAUUGUACAUGAUGAACACAAGCUCCUUCUACCGAGAGAGGAAAUUUGAAAUCAUCAACUUCAAGAAAGAGAGGACCAAAGUUAAAGAUGAGAAAGCAGGCCAUCGGGAAAAGAGGUCCAGAAGACCAGGGGCAGAGAAAGGGGCUACAAAUUCCAUCAAAAAACCAGGAGAAACUGAACCCACUGCAGGAUCUUCUGCAGAGAGCCAGCCACCUACGGAGAAAAGGGGUCCCACAAUUCCACGUAACACGGGACAGCGAUACUCUGCUCCACCGCAAAGCACCGAGACGAAGCAUCAUAUCACUUUCAUGGCUCACAAUUAGGUCUGCAGGCAGAGCAAGGUCACCUGUUUGUUUUCCUGCAUGAAGCAGAACCCGAAGGUGGGACUGACGUUCACGUCUUACCUGCCGGCACAACUGCUAGCACGGUCACUGGCAUGAAUGAUGCCCUGACUGAAGAUGUGUUGAUCCAGGGGAAUGUAAAUGUUGUGCAAAGUGCAUGAGGUCAGGACAUCAAAGAAAGUAGCAGGGUCAGGAU